CCAAAAGAUUCAAUCUAAAGCUACAAACUGGCUAAGGAAAGUGCUCUCUAAAUCUAAUACAAACAAAUUCAUUUUCUCCAUUUAUUCCUUUUCACUGCUAAUUUUAUUUCUCAAUUCAAAGGAAAAAAGAACAAAAAAAAAAAAAAAUCCACAGUCUCUCUUUCUCAGAUUUUUUUUUCUGGUUCUUCUUCGUAAUCAAGCCUUAUAGCUCUGCUUCAGAGUAGAAACUUAUCAAAGCUUCAUAAGCAAGACUGAGAAAACAAGGUGAAGAGGAAGAAUCAGAUUGUCAUUUUGAGCUGGAUUACCCCAAACAAAAACAAAAACAAAAAGAGCUUGGAUUUGAUAUUUCAAUUGUUUCUUUCUGCUUGGAAGUUUUUAUGUGUUAGGAUAGUUGAUUUCAUUGGUUGUGUCUGUGGUAAGGGAGUAACGAUUUUAGUGAUAGACAUGAUAUGAUUACGCAAUAUAAAUAAAAUAAAUUAAACAAGACAUAAUGGAUUUAUAUUUGAUGCAGUGACACAUCAUCUAAAAAUGAAUAUAAGUGGAUUUAUUUUAAAAAAUUUUAGAUGAUGUGUAAAUAUGUGAUUCAUUGACAAUACAUAAUUUAUAUACCGUUGCAUCAAAUAUUAAUUCUAUAUAAAUUUCAUUCAAGCAGACAAUUUCGAAAUUUGUAUUAUAUAAAUUAUCGACUAUCAAAUUCAUAUGCCAAGUAUCACACGAUUAAACAUGAGGACAGGACAAUUCAACAGUAGUAAACCAUUUUCGGCCCAUGUAUGGUACUGGUUCUUGGACCAUUAUAAUUUACAUUCUAUAACUUUGUAGGAGAGGUUUGUGAAUUAGCAUUUAUUGAAAACUUAAUGCUCACUUGCUUUGUUGGUGAAAAAGAUGGAAAAGGUAGGCAUUAAUGAUUUGAGAUCAUGGAAACAAAAUAUUGGUGGAUUUUCUUGCUGAUCUUUCAGGAUUGUUCGGAAUUAACCCUGUUUACAAUGCAAUACUUUGGGAUUUAGUAAUUUAAACCCUGUUUACCAGAUUUUAUGCUCAAGAUGGAGAUUUGCCUUGUCUUAACGCACACUUGCUGAGCAAAAUUUGUUGGUAAUCUAACUUAGAUGAGAAAGCAUCGUUUUAGGGAGUCUAUGAAGUCCUUCUUUGGGCAUCAUGUUGAUCCAGAAAAGGAUGAACAGCUUAAAGGAAGUAAAAUAGAAAUUGAUGACAAGGUGACAAAAAUAUUGAAGCUCAUCAAAGAUGGAGAAAAUGACUCCAAGAAGGAACCGCUUGUCCAGUUAAUUGAGGAUUUCCACAAGCACUACCAAAGUCUCUAUGAACAAUAUGAUCAUCUCACAGGGGAGCUGAGGAAAAAAGUUCAUGGAAAACAAGAAAAAGAUGCCUUGUCCUCGUCAAGUUCAGAUUCAGACUCUGAUUAUUCUUCGAAAGACAGAAACAGUAAAAAUGGCCAAUUGGAAAGCGAAUUUCAGAAAAUAGCUGACGGCAUUAAACAAGAACUUGAGGAAGCAAAUCUGGAAAUUGCUGACCUGAAAAGGAAGCUGACAGCUACAAGUGAAGAAAAAGAUGCUUUGAGUUCAGAUUACCUAGCCUCUUUAAGCAAGGUUCAAGAAGCAGAGGAAACCAUAGAAAAUCUGAAGCUUGAAUCUGAAAGAUCAGAGAGUGAAAAAUCAAAACUUUUGGUUGAAAAUGAAGAGCUGAGGCAUAAACUGGACGCUGCUGCAAAGGUAGAAGCUGAGGUUAAUCAAAGAUUGGAAUCUGCAGAACACCAAGUUAUGGAAUUGGGCGAAGGUCUUAAUGCUACCGUGGAAGAGAAUAAAUCCCUUAACUCGAAACUUUCUGAGGUUUCAAAUGAGUUUCAGCAGGCACAGGGCAGAAUACAACAGCUCAUGGCUGAAUUGAGUCAGUCAAAGGAGGAACUAGUUGAGAAAGAAAGGGAACUUUUGACACUCAAAGAGUUGCAUGAUAUGCAUGGGAGUCAAUCAUCUGCUCAGAUAAAAGAAUUAGAGGCACAUGUAACAAGCUUGGAACUUGAGUUGGAAUCAUUGCAAGCAACUAACAGAGAUAUGGCGGAGCAGCUAGAGAACAAAGCAAGUGAAGCAGAACAGCUGGGAGAACAAAAUAUAGGACUCCAAUCCCGCAUUUCAGAACUCGAGAUGAUGUUAGAAAAGAGAGAAGAAGAAGUUUUUAUUCUCACGAAGAAACUUGAGGAUGAUAACAGAGAAUCAUUGUCUGGAAUGGAGAACUUGACUGCUCAGGUAAAUAAUCUGCUAUCGGAGAUGGAGUCGUUGCAAGCUGAGAAGGCUCUGUUGGAAGAAAAUUUAGCGUUUAAAGGUGAUGAAGCAUCAAAUCAAGUACAGAGCUUAAUGGAUGAGGUAAACACAUUGCAGCAGCAGCUGGAAUCCCUUCAUAGCCAGAAGGCAGAACUGGAAUUGCAGCUUGAGAGAGAGAAACAAGAGUCAUCCGAAAGAUUGAAUGAAAUGGAGAACCAGAAAUCAGAGCUGAAGCAAAUGGUCGAGGACCUUCAAAGAGAUUUGGAAGCAAAAGGAGAUGAGAAAAAUGAUCAUCAGAGAAUGCUUAAAGAACAAGAAGAUGCAUUUAACAAGCUAAGCGAGGAGUACAGGCAACUUGAAACUUCAUUUCAGGACUGCAAAGCGCUUAUCGAAGUUACAGAAAGGAAGAUGCAAGAAAUGGCUGGAGAGCACGAUAAGAGCGUUCACUCCAAGGAUCAAACUGUAGCUGAUUUGGAGCAAAUUAUUGAAGACUUGAAACGAGACUUAGAAAUGAAAGGAGAUGAGAUAAGUACUUUUGUCGAGAACGUCCGCACAAUCGAAGUUAAGCUCCGCUUGUCAAACCAAAAACUCCGAGUCACGGAACAGUUACUAACUGAGAAAGAAGAGAGUUUCAGAAAAGCAGAAGCCAAGUUCAUGGAAGAACAAAGAAUGCUUGAAGAAAGGAUCACAACAUUGUCUGCAAACAAUGAAGCAUAUCGCAGGAUGAUCACUGAUAUCUCGGGGAACGUGAAUAAUACCUUGACUGGAUUUGAAGCUAUCAACCAGAAAUUCGAAGAAGGCUAUAGUAAAUACAAACACUGCGUUGAAGAAACAUCAAAAGAGCUGAGGAUUGCUAAACAUUGGGUUGGAGAAACAAAGAGCGAAAAGAAGCGGCUUAUGAAUGAAAUGACUAACCUGAUCGAGCAACUGAAAGAUCAGAAGGAAAAAGAAUCUACGUUACGGGAACAGGUUGAGAAGCUACAGAUUAAGGCAAACAAGGAAGAAAACGAGGAGGAGAAUCUGAUGAAAUCGGUGAAGCAACUGGAGAAUAAAGUUGAGUUGUUGGAGAGGGCAAUGAAAGAGAAGGAUGAAGGUAUAUUAGGCUUAGGAGAGGAGAAGAGGGAGGCCAUUAGGCAACUUUGCAUGUGGAUAGAUUACCACCGGAGUCGCUGCGAUGAUCUGAAGGAAAUACUUUCGAAAAGUGGCAGAGUUCAAAGGGCAAGCUAGAGUAAGUCCCUCAUAUUUUUCAUUACAUUAGUAUGUUCAUUUUGGUUCUGCAUUUAUGGAUUGUUUUUCAUUGUUUCAUUUGUUUUUUUUUCUUUUUAUUCCACAAGUUGGGCUGUUGAUAAAAGCAAAUUGUCAGGAUGAUGUUCAGUUAUGUCUCGUAAAACUUGGUUGCUUGUAAAGAUAAUAAAACUGCAGUUAUCAGAAA